AUGAAGUUGAUAAGAAGAAGAAAGAAGGGAGCUGAGAAAAAGAACAAGGAAGAGAAUUCGAGAAAGGAGGAACCAGAAGAGAGCAAGCAUAUGCCUGCUUUACCUUUCCCCCAAAAGCUAUAUAGAGAAAAGUUGGACAAGCAAUUUAAGAGAUUUCUCAAUAUGUUGAAACAGGUUCAUGUAAUCUUAUCAUUAACCGAAGUGCUCUCACAAAUGCCAGCUUAUGCCAGAUUCUUGGAGGAGAUCCUGACAAAGAAGAGGAAGAUAGAAAAGACCUUAGUGGUCAAGCUCAUAGAGUAUUGCAGUGCGAUAUUGCAAAACAAGCUCCCACAAAUGUAUGGAGAUCCAGGGAGUUUUGCCAUACCUUGCUCUUUAGGCACUAUUAAUUUUGAUAAGUCUUUAUGUGAUUCCGGUGCCUCAAUUAAUCUAAUUCCUUUGUCUAUUUACAAGAAACUGGAGAAUGAGAUUGGAGAAAUAAGUUUUGCACCAAUAUCUUUGCAGCUGGCAGACCAAACGACUCUAAUACCUGAGGGGAUAGUGGAAGAUGUCUUAGUUCGGGUAGAUAAGUUCGUAUUUGCUGUAGAUUUUAUAGUGGUGAAGAUGGAGGAGAACAAAUAG